CUUGAUUCUUCGUCUUGUAAAUGGAGUUUUCUCUUGAACUCUCGAAUUUUAAGAUGAUUCAGACAAGUUUUUGGAUAUUUGUGUUAUUAGCAAUAUCCGGUUUUUCGAUUAUGGAAUCCCGCAUUCAAAACAAUGUGGGAUCAACAAGCAUUGAAAGCAAUAAGGGGAUUGAAUAUCUGGCGUUGAAUUGUCGAAAACACAGAGCGGUUUUGACGGAUUUUGGAGCUAUUGGAGAUGGAAAAACCUCAAACACGAAAGCGUUUAGAGAAGCAAUAACCAAGCUUACUACAAAGGCGGUUGACGGUGGAGUCCAACUCAUUGUACCGCCGGGGAAUUGGCUCACCGGAAGUUUCAACCUCACAAGCCAUUUUACUUUGUUUAUUCAGCAAGGUGCAACUAUUCUUGCUUCUCAGGAUGAAUCUGAAUAUCCUAUGAUUCCGCCUUUGCCGUCAUACGGAGAGGCAAGGUUUACUAGUUUAAUAUACGGAAGUAACCUAACUGAUGUUGUUAUCACCGGUAACAAAGGAACGAUUAAUGGACAAGGGAAAUCAUGGUGGGUGAAGUAUCGAAGUGGUGGUUUCAAGUCGAUAUCAAGACCUUUGUUGAUCGAAAUCAUCUUCUCCGAAAACGUCCAAAUCUCGAAUAUCAAUUUGAUCGACUCUCCAAUGUGGAACAUUCAUCCUGUUUAUUGCAAUAAUGUCAUCGUUAAAGAUAUUAAAAUCGUUGCUCCUAUCGACUCUCCUAACACCGAUGGAAUCAACCCUGAUUCUUGCACGAACACACUAAUAGAAGACUGCUCCGUAGUCUCCGGAGACGAUUGCAUUGCCGUCAAAAGUGGAAUCGACCAAUUCGGGAUCGCCACGGGAAUGCCAACACAACAGCUAUCCAUUAGACGUCUCACUUGCAUUUCUCCCGACAGCGCAGGUAUUGCCAUUGGGAGUGAAAUGUCCGGAGGAAUCAAAGAUGUUAGAAUCGAAGACGUGACUCUAAUCAACACGCAAUCCGCUAUCCGAAUCAAAACCGCUGUGGGGCGUGGCGGUUACGUUAAAAACAUUUUCGCUAGGAGAUUUACAAUGAAGACAAUGAAAUACGUUUUCUGGAUGACCGGUUCGUAUAAAUUGCAUCCCGUAGGCGGAUUUGAUCCUAAGGCGUUGCCGGAGAUUAGCAAUAUCAAUUACCGUGACAUGACGGCAGAAAACGUUACGAUUUCGGCGAAGCUUGAAGGGAUCAAGAACGACCCUUUUACAGGUUUAUGCAUGUCCAAUGUGACUAUAGCUUUGUCACCGGACCCGAAGAAGCUGCAGUGGAACUGUACGGAUGUCUCCGGAGUUACUAGUAGGGUUAAACCGGAGCCGUGCAGUUUGUUGCCGGAUAAGGGAACUACGAUGGAUUGUGAUUUUCCGACAGAUAAGAUUCCUAUUGAGAGUGUUGUGUUGAACAAAUGUUAUGCUUAAGUGUUUGUAACUUUGUACAGAUUUAUGUUCAUUCUUCAGUUUAAAAAUCCGCUAAUAAUUUUCACAAACUUUA